CCUAAACCUGUGAAUUCUCGGGAUUGGAAAAAAAAAAUGGAAGACGAUGAAGAAGCUCCACCUAUCGCCGUUGAAAUCGACCAACCGACGGAACCCUACUCUCGGCAGCAGCCCAAUUCAUCUAGUCGCAUAGACGACGACGUUUCGGUCGGUGUCACCGUCAUCACCGGCUAUCUUGGCGCCGGAAAAUCCACUCUGGUUAAUCAUAUAUUGAAUUCCCAACACGGGAAGAGAAUUGCUGUGAUAUUAAACGAGUUUGGUGAGGAAAUUGGCGUGGAGAGAGCGAUGAUUAACGAAGGAGAUGGCGGUGCGCUUGUCGAAGAGUGGGUGGAGUUAGCAAAUGGGUGUAUUUGUUGCACUGUUAAGCACAGUUUGGUGCAGGCAUUGGAGCAACUUGUUCAGAGAAAAGAAAGACUUGAUCAUAUAUUGCUUGAGACUACUGGGUUAGCGAACCCAGCUCCGCUUGCUUCGGUUCUGUGGUUGGAUGAUAAUCUAGAAUCGUCUGUCAAACUUGAUUCAAUUAUCACUGUUGUAGAUGCCAAGAACCUCCGUUUUCAGCUCAGUGAAAAUCGAAGUUCAUCUUCAUUUCCUGAAGCAUAUCUUCAGAUUGCGUUUGCGGAUGUUAUAAUUCUUAACAAGGUUGAUUUGGUUUCUCCAGAGGAUUCUGCCAAUUUUCUGGAGGAACUGGAGAAGGAAAUACGUAGUAUUAACUCACUUGCUAGUAUCAUUCGUUCUGUUCGUGGUCAAGUUGACUUGUCCAAUAUAUUGGACUGUCGGGCCUAUGAUGCCACGCAUGCUACCCAUUUAGAAUCAUUAUUGGAAGAAAGUCGUACUCUGUCUACAAGUGAUCUUCAUGAUAGUGGUGUGCGAACUUUAUGCAUUUCCGAGCUACAGCAGGUUGAUCUUGAAAAGGUUCGUUUGUGGAUUGAGGAGAUUCUUUGGGAGAAGAAAGAUGGCAUGGAUGUAUACCGCUGCAAAGGGGUUUUGAGCAUUCAUAAUUCAAAUCAAUUACAUACUUUGCAGGGAGUGAAGGAGAUAUAUGAGAUUGUGCCAACUCGUGAUUGGAAAACGGAAGAAACUCAGACGAACAAGAUAGUGUUUAUAGGUCAUAAUCUAAAUGAGAAUGUUCUCGCCGAGUCUUUUAGGUCGUGCGUAGUUUGUUGAUUUUGAACACUCUCAAUUAUAUACGGAUUCAUUAUGCUACGUUGAACUCUCAUUGUUGUUUCGGUUGAAUACAUUAAAUUAGAGUUGUAAACUCUCUCGAUGUGUUAUAACAUGAUGAGUGCGGAUUGGUAAUA